AUGUCCAUUGAAAAUAACAAUGGACAAAUGUUUGAAACCAAUCAGCCAUGUGCACCCACCUUUUUGGUCGAAGGAAGAACUCCUCGUCUGAGUAUAUCGAGUAAUAAUCAACGUCGAUUAUCGAUCGUUGCGAAGAAAUUCGAUAAUGAAUAUCAUGAUCAACAAGUUCAAAUCAUUGAUUCUGAACUAUCACAACCGCUUCCUAAUCCUGACGGAAGAACCAAUCAACGUCGACUAACACAAAUUAUUUGUCUAGUUGAUGAUAGUCCAAAAAUUGUUGUCAAACCAAAAGGUUGUUAUCUCUUACUAUUCAUUGCCGAACCGAUUCUCAUUGUUUGUCUUCUCUUUCCACUGCUUGUUCUCUUUUGGGAUUGUGGAUGGAAUCUUACUGUUACUAUGCUUAAUUCAUUAAAUGGCUACCCAUUGACAUAUAAUCUCGAUGGAGAAGAUUAUACUGAUGCAGGAUAUGGUGAAUAUUCACCUCAAUCAUUAAUCGUUCCUUAUGUGAUCGUUGAAAUUUUAUUUCUCAUUUUCUAUGUUGGUCAAGAUCUAUUCUACAAUUUUCUCAAACGACAACAUAUUCUUGUCAAGAUGAUUCUUUUGAAAAUUCAUAUAUUGAUUUUGGCAUUUAUGUAUAUUUUUCAAUGGGAAAUGAUUUGGACUAUUUUAGAUCAAUACACUUCACAAGAAUGGGCAUUUAUGAUGCUUCUAUCAUUAGUAGCACUCUUCUUAUUGAUGGUUAUUACAGGAACUUUAUCGGAUAUGGUUUGUUCACCAUUUGUUGUCAGUUAUGAUUCGAUUGAAUAUUGUAUUCGAUUUGAAUGUCCUCUUGCAACAGAACAUGUAAGAAUUUUAUUGUCAAAAAAAAAAGCAUACUGA